UUAAUUCAAGCGCGUCUUCCGCAGCGGAGUGCGUUCCCGAAGAGGCAGUUGCUGCAGUGGCACAACGGCGUGGCCGUGAUGAGGGAAGAAGGGACGCCAGGCGACAGACUUCGACCUCCUGUUUUUAUGGGAGACCUCGCCGUCCUGCAGAGUGCAGCGUUGCAGCUGCAGUUGGGUGACCGCCUCGCUCGGAGCAAGUCAGCACCCGUCUUCACGCCACCCUGGGUCAUCAAAGAGAAGCAGAUACUGCGUUUCCAAGGCUACUUUCAACAGUACCUGAGUCUAGAGAAGGAGGUGAUGCAAGACACCAGCGUCUCACUACCUCCUAAUCGCAGCGCCAGCGUCGCACUGCCAAGCAGGGACGAGUACUGCGUUCGUUAUGUCGUGCUGCGCUACUUCAUGAGUGACCACACCAUCGAGCUGCUCGAGCCGAGAGUGCCCAACUCAGGACUCCAGCAAGGCGUGCUGCUAUCACGCCAGCCUGUACCUCACAACGCCUACCCUAACCGCUGCUACAACUUUACUGACCUAACGCUGGGCACCACGCUCAACUUAUACGGCCGGAACAUCACUCUGGCUGAUUGCGAUCCGCAAACUAGAGACCUUCUUGAGAGUGAGGGAGUUGAUGUGGGGGAGGCGAUUGCGGUGCCGGCGGACCCUUACCUCACCCAGAGACAAGCAAGGGCGCCAUCCGCACGCAGGGAAGCUCAUCUCAGUGGUGACAACCUCGAAGCACGACCCAGCGCUGCCAACCCUACUGGACCGCUACUGCGUUUUUCAGGAGUGGUGCAGGAGGCUGCCGAAGGUGCGGUGCAGUGCGUGGUGCUGUAUGAUGUCACCACCAGACUUAUGGAGGUGCGCCGCACCAACAGGCAACCUGGCAUUAGCGCGGUGGUGCUCAAGUGGUGCAGUCCUACGGUGCGGCGCCCGACAGCUCCAGCGGGAGGCGCAGCAGAGGACGUAGUGGCGCGGGCUGUUAGUCCCGAGGACCUCGCACCGCCUGCUUCCCUUCACGUCUUUGGCCGCAGGCUAGUGAUCUCAGACUGCGACGACUACACCAAAUCUUACCUUCAGAAGCGGGCUUUGGCGGGCAGUUCUGGCUCGCCUCAACACCGCUCACCAGAUGCCGCCGUCGACGCUGAGAAGUUGGACCCCGCAACUGUAGCGCUGGGGCCGGCAGCAACAGACGCCGCUGCGCCGGACGUCGCUGCGAACGAAGGAGCGCCCCUUAGAUCCGCGCUUGGGUCGCAGGUUGCCGCGGUCCAGCCGACAACCGCGGCCAGAGUUCGGACCGACAUUACGGGACGUCGCGUCAUCCGGUCCGGCCUCCUGCCGCCACACGCAACUGAGGUUCUACGGUUUUCUGCGAAGCUCCGGUCGCAACUGCCGUCAGAUAAGGAGCGUCAGUUUGUGCUGAGUUUCUUCCCGAGCGACGAGACCUUAGAGCUUUCCGAGAUCCACGGAGUGGGCGGUCUGGGCGGGAAGGUUGCCGCCCGCGCGCGACUUCUGAAGCCAGCGCCGCCUGGUGAGCCGCAGCGCCACUACGAGCUCAGCGACUUCGCUAUUGGGAACGCCGUGACGGUGUACGGACGGGAGUUCGUAGUGACAGGCUGCGACAGGCGCGUGCUGAACGUUGCGCUGCGCUCGCCAGAGGCCGUCACCAGCGCCUUCAGGGAGAGCGUGCGGACGCUCUUCGGGGAGACUGAUGCGCACAACGUUUGCGAGGACCAAGGGAAAUAACCUCCUAAUCUUGGUACAAUUAACGGACUAAUAGACCUGUUCAUACGUCUUACCAUUUCUGUCCCUAAGCGGAGUGUAAUAGUUGAUAAGUAGUCGAUAAAAUCUAUGCGGUUCAUAGUGAGCGAACUUAAACUUGACUGUAGUAUAAAAAUGUACGUGACAGUUUGUAAGAGGUUUUCGACUUACCUUUAAAUUUGAAAGGCAAAUGACUUUUGUGCAUCAUAUUAGCUUUCAUAGAAGCAACUUUAAAGAUAGCAUUUCAUGCAACUCGGCCAUUUUUUUAUACACAUGCAGGCUGGUACGACGGAGAAAGUUACUUGUGUGCUUAUUUUACUAGAAUGGUUAUCGUAGAGAUAGUAAUGCAGUGCACUAAUUAGUACUUAACGAGAUUUUUGCACGAAUCAGCAAAAUUUCUGUAGACUUUUCAGACAUGAGUAUUCACAAGUUGCUGGACCUGAAACGAGUUUGAGAUGAUAGUUCUGACUUGCCACAACAUAAUAUCAAUAAUCCAUUGAUGAAUAUAGACUAGAGUAUUAUUAAAUCUACAAAUGCCGAAAAUUUGCCAACUAAUAUUUGUAUCAGUCACCUUACUAGAUACAUCGGAAGAAUCGUAUUAACUUCCUCUGAACUUACCUAUUCAGAACUUUGAAAUAUCUAGGAUGAGGUUGUCCUAUUUUUUCGCUGAAAUCUACAUUGAACAUAAAUAAUAUCGAGCUUAUAAGAGAAGAUAGAACCGCUCCAUGUGGAACGCCCGUGUACUCAUCUACUCAAACACGUAUAGGCCUAAACCCUAUUGUAUAAUAUAUACAAAACUUACAUAGAUACUCAGUAUAUUACUCUAAACCCAGGAGUUGAGGGUUAACCGUCAAUAGAUAAUGACAUUGUUUCUCCUGUCUCCGCGUAGCAUUACAUUAUAGAUGUACAGUAUACACAGUAACAUAUGCUAUAUAAUCUACUGCAUUGAAAGUUCUGAAACCUCUACUAAUUUCAUAUUACAAGAAUGGAAUUAAGAUAUUGCUUCGAAGAAAUAGGUCGCAACGAUAUAAUACAGGUCUUUCUAUAACCUUAG